AUGAAAACCGACCUGGAGCUCGCCUUGGAGUGCGUCGUCAACAUCUACCACCAGUAUGCCCUGAAGUGCCCCCCCAUAGAUGACUACCUGAACAAGUAUGAGUUCACGAUGCUGCUGAAGGAGACCGCCUCUCCCUUCCUCCACAGCACCAUGCCGCCCAGCGUGUCCAUUGAUGACUACAUAAACAAGCUCUUCGACAAAGCAGAUGGCAACCACAACGGUCGCCUGAAGUUUACCGAGUUCCUGAAAGUACUGACUUGCAUAGCCAUCGAUGCCCACAAAAGGUUCCACCAGUGUCCAGGCAAGAGCCUGGAAAAGCAACCAGAUGCUGGUCACAGCCAUGACCACGGCAAAGACCAAGACCCUGGCCACGGCAAAGACCAAGACCAUGGCCACAAACCUUCUCCUGGCCUCAAACCUGGUCCUGUCCUCAAACCUGGCCAAGACCACAGCCAUGACCAUGGCCACAAUCCCGGCCAAGACCGCAGCAAGGACCAUGGCCAUGGUCCUGGUAAAGACCGUGGCCACGGUCCUGGUAAAGAUCAUGGCCAAAGUCCUGGUAAAGACCGUGGCCAUGGUCCCCGCCAGUAA